GCGAAGGUGACUAAAGCAUAUGUUUCUCCCCUUCUCACCCCUGCAACAAUGCAAAUACCAGGUGUCCUCUUUGGCAGACACGCUCUAAUUGGCAUUUGAAAACAGAAAGUUUCUCUUCUGCAUUUCACGAAUCAUUUUUGUCCUAAAAGGCAAACAUGAGAAAGGUAGCAGAGCAUGUUUCGGCAUUGACAGUUGUCACGUAUGGAACUCUUGGUGUUUAUUUUCUUCGAUUUCGAAGUUAAUCAGACUUAUUGUGCUAAGGCGAAGAAGAUUGAACCGGAAUGCAUGUUGGAAUACUUCUCAGCGGUGUCAAUAUUUUCCCCAUCUCAGUGGUAUAGGUUUUUUAGUUCAUCAACCCCAAAGCAUAUUCAAAGAGGGUGAUAUCUCAUCAAUGUUUUGGUUGGUCUUGAUGAUGGGCCCUAAGACAUGAUGCAAAAGUUUGAUGACCAUAUUCCUUCUCAAACAUUUGACAGUAUUCAGAUUAUCAAUCUAAAUGGUUAAGAUUAUGUUUGUUUUUUGCAGUUUGUGAAUUUUACAGAGAUCGUGUCAAAAAAAUCCCCUAUGAUGGUUGCAGCAAAGAUGCAAGCUCCACUAACCACUUUGUUGUGGAGAAAAGGUUAUUGGAUGUGUAAUGUCAUGAUUGUCGUCUACAAAACUACGUGUGGUUUUCUUCCUCUCCAAUUCAAUAAAAUAUCAAAUUGAGAGAGCAAUCAGUUUCUCUACAGCUGAAGAAGUGACUCGUUCCCUCCCUUAUCUGAAGAAGAAAUGGUUAGGAUUUCCAGGGUUUUGAAAGCUCCCGUUUUUCUCCACUUGGAGCGAUUUCUCAUCUCUGAUAUUGAGAAGCUAGAAGAUUGCUACGGUUCCUUUCAAUGGCAGAAGCAGAGAAGCUUUUCAAUUCAAACCUCCACGUUUUCAGGGACCAUUCAUGGCGUCCGCUUGCCGGUGGCCACCGAUGUUCAACACCUAGGGCGGCACCCAAUAUGUUCUGUGAUGGCAAGGGCUUCUUUUGCAUCUGAAGCCGGUACCACAGAUGGAGGGCCUUCAGAGACUGUGAAGGAGAUAUAUGAUAAAAUGCUUAAGUCUGUUGAAGCUGAAACGAUGCCUCCGAAUGCUUGGAUGUGGUCACUAAUUGAAAACUGUGCAAAUAGGGAGGACAUUAAACUUCUAUUUCAGAUGUUGGAGAAUCUCCGAAGAUUUAGAUUGUCAAACCUUCGCAUCCAUGCAAACUUUAAUUGCAAUCUUUGCUUAAGAGUUGCAGAGGCAUGUGCUCGUGUAGGUUCCUUGGACUUUGGUAAGAAGACGCUGUGGACACAUAAUGUCUAUGGGUUGACUCCAAGUAUUGGCUCUGCACAUUAUUUACUGCUGUAUGCCAAGGAGCACAACAAUGCUAAGCUCAUGAUGGAUAUCAUGAAAAAUCUUAAAAGGAACUCUUUGCCAUUGCAACCUGGUACAGCAGACAUUGUUUUUAGCAUUUGUUACAAUACGAACAAUUGGGAGUUGAUCUCAAAGUACUCAAAAAAGUUUAUCAAGGCUGGGGUGAAACUGCGCCGAACCACGUUUGACACUUGGAUGGAAUUUGCUGCCAAAAGAGGUGAUGCUGAGUCAAUAUGGAAGAUUGAGGAGCUAAGAUCAAAUUUGAUGAAGCAGCACACAGUUGUCAGUGGAUUUUCUUGUGCUAAGGGCUUUCUUCUUGAGCAUAAACCAGAGUGUGCUGCUGCCAUCAUCCAUACCCUCAGUCAGAAUUUUCCUGACAAAAAGAAACCUGAUGUUGCUAAUGAACUUGAGAAGUUGGUAAGCAAGUGGCCUUUGGAGGUUAUCAAGCAUCAAAAGAAGGAAGAAAGGAAGGCAUUAGCAAGUUCCUUGAGAAGUGAUAUCUCCAUAAUGGUUAAUGGCCUAUUGAAGAUGGGUUUAGAGGUGGGGAUAAAUUUGGAAGACCUAAACAAGAAAGAAGCCAUUCCAUGCUGACUUGUUGAAGCUGGUGGGCAUUGGAGACCACAUCCAGCAGAAACUGAGAAAAUAUGUUUUGUAUUUAGCCAUAACUAGAUGCGAAUGAGCAGUCCAAUAGUGGUCUAUUAUCUUGGGACCUUAUUCCCUAGGCCUUGGUAUCAUCCUCUGAUCACUACCGAAUUUUGUUUACCUUCUAGAUUGCCUUUUAUUUCUUGGAACCAGUACAUUUUAUUUAGUGUUAGCCAUUCUUAUCUUCAUAAUUUUGCAAUUGGUAAUUUGGUGUCUUGGCGGAGAGAGCAACUUUCAGUUAGACAGACAAGGCAAGAAUAACAUUUUCGGAACGCCGAUUUAAUGCGGCGCUAAAAGUGGUUUAGACAGCAGAGCAUUUGAUUGAUGCAAUGCCUUGAAACGAUCUCAGAAACGUAAGCUACUUUGUCUCAGUAGGAUUUGGCUCCGAAAGAGCGAUUGUAUAUGGUUAUAAUCCUGUAACAUUGGUUUGAUAAUGGUUAAUUAUUGAAGCAGUUUUAGAACUUUGUUCAA